UUAUAAUUUUAACAGUUUCUUUGGAAUUAAUUUCACAAGUAAACAUAAAUAAUAAAAAAUAAUAAGUAAUAAUAUUGAAAUUUACUAAAAAUAAAGAUAAUUCCAUUUCUCUAGUUUGAAAGCGUUUAGUUUACAAAGAAAACAUGUCUCAAAAGCGAAACAAGAAUAACGGUAAAUGGCCAACUACUGCUGACCUUGAAAAUGCCUUCAUUAAAAUGGAAAAUAAUUUAGAAAAUAUGAAUAAAACGUUUGUAAACAAAAUGUUAAAGACAUUAAACUCUAUAAUGGUAGCUGUUCAACACAAUGAAUCUGGCGUUUUUAAUGUGAUUCUAAAAUGGUUUCGUUUAUAUUUGAAUGUUCACAUCUCAAUUAAUCCCGAUAAUAAAAAAUUACUAAAAUAUUACGAAAGCUCCGUUCCCACAAUCAUAACAUACAUAAUAGGAUGUUUACAAUAUAAAACCAAAGAGCUGCCCAAUUAUCACUACAAUUUAUUAGAGAUAUUGGAAGAACUUUUGGAAAAUGUGCCGCCCAAGAUAUUAAAUGAAAUUACAAAAUUCGAAAUUGGAACCAUAGGUUGCUUAUGGAAUCCCAUAGAUAUAGCUGGAGACUUUAAUACUCAAUCAAAGGCUUUGAAAAUACUAUCGAUAUUAUUAAAACAAUUUGAUGAUGUAAGACAAAACGAAGAACUUAAAUGUAUUAAAUGGACAAAUUUAAAUUUAUUUCAAGAUAAAUUAAAAACAGUUGUUCAAGAAUCGAAAUUAUCUUAUAUUCAAGAAAAUUCAACCCGCGAGUUACUAAAUAAUUAUAAUAUGAAUUUAUCAAAGAAGAUUAUGGUGUAUUCAUUUUGUUGCACAUCGGCAGUAAUGGACAAUAAAUAUACAUUUUAUAAACCCUUGAAUCUUCAACAAUUUUGGAUUGAUAUAAACUACAGCCCGAAAACAUUGUCUUACAAGGCUCGUUUUAAAUUGAAUUCGAAAUCUAAAUAUGAAAAUAUUAACGUCAUUCUAAAGGUUCAAAUGAUGAAACUGGAAAACAAUAUUUUUUUAGUUUAUUUCAAAGCCCCAGGUGAAUUUUCCAAUUAUUCAAACUAUUUUUCAAAUGUUACAAAUAAUGUAAUACAAUUUACAUUAACAAAUGAGGAGGUUCAACGUUUACACCAUAAUAAUUAUAUAAUGGAGUACUUUAACAGUUUGAAUGAAUCAGCCAAUGAAAAACCUAUUAAAACAUAUAGGGAAGAUCGAAAUAUAUUUGAUUCAUUGAAAAAUGAAAUGUCUACAAAUUUGCGAGAAAUUUCCAAUUGA